AUGAAAAGAAGGAAGGAGAGGAGAAGAAGGAUGGAGAAAAGAAGGAAGAAGAAAAGAAGGACGGUGAAAAGAAAUCAGAGAAGAAGGAUGAUAAGAAGGAAGGAGAGGACAAGAAGGAUGGCGAUAAGAGAAGAGAAGCAGGACGAGAAGAAGGAAACAUCCAAAAAAUCCAAGAAAUCCAAGAAGUCAAACAAGUCAAAGAAAACGAAGAAGGAAAAGAAGGACGAUGACAAGAAGGAUGAUGACAAAAAAGAAGACGACAAGAAAGACGAUAAGAAGGAUGACGAGAAGAAGGACGAUGUGAAUUUCUGA